AUGAAUAUGAAUUCCAUGCUUUACUUGGUGGGAUUUCUCCUCGCUACCAUGUGUCUCCUGGUCCUGGGAGUCAAUGUGUGGGUUCUCAUAGACGACCUCCGUACUAUUGAUGUACCUCCUUCCAUUCUACACCCUGUGAAGUUAUGGAUUCUAUACUACGGCUUUCAUCUGACAACAACAUGGGGGAAUAUAUUUGAGAAGAUGAAAAUUUGCUCCAUGUCCCAAUUUGUCUGCUUUGUACAAGACAGCCUUGCACCAAAGGAGAACCUUGGUAUGUUUGUGAAGGACCUGCAUUUUGGCACAAUCCCUGUAAGGAUCUUUCAUCCCAAGGCAGCCUCCUCCAAACCCCGGAGAGGCAUCAUCUUCUGCCAUGGAGGAGGAGCAUUAAUUGGCAGCUUGGACAGUUACCACAACCUGUGUGCCUUCCUGGCUCGAGAGACAGAUUCAGUGUUGAUGUCAGUGGGGUACCGAAAACUUCCUUAUUACCACCAUCCUUCUCUUUACUAUGAUUGCCUGAAUGCUUCCAUUCACUUCCUGAGGUCUCUGAAAGUCUAUGGGGUAGACCCCUCCCGGGUCGUGAUCUGUGGGGAUAGCAUUGGAGGUGCAGUUGCAGCUAUUGUCACGUAGACCUUAUCGAGUAGAACAGAUAUCCCCAAGAUCCGGGCUCAGGUCCUGAUUUAUCCAGUUCUCCAGGCAUUUUAUUUCCAGUCUCCAUCACAUCUGACUAACAUAAAUAUCCCAUUCCUCACCCAAGAGUUUUUUAUUACCUGUGUUUGUAAAUAUUUGGCCAUUGAUCUCUCCUGGAAAGAUACCAUGUUGACAGGUGCCUCUAUUUCCCCAAGUGCCUGGAAGAAGUAUGAGAAAUGGCUAAGCCCUGAAAACAUCCCUAAAAGGUUCAAGACUGAAUACCGGCCACCGGAAUCACCUACACCUUUUAAUGAGGCUGCUUAUCUAGAAACCAAACAUGCAAUGAAUGUAGACAUUUCUCCCCUCCUGGCAGAUGACAAAAUCAUUACUCAGCUUCCUGAGGCAUUCAUUGUGAGCCUUCAUUGGGACAUUCUCCGUGAUGAUGUCUUGCUCUAUAAAAAGCACCUGGAAGACCAUGGGGUCCCUGUGACCUGGCACCAUGUGGUGGAUGGUUUUCAUGGAUGCAUGUUGCUGUUUGAUAAGAAGUCUUUCUCAUUCCCCUGUUCCGUGAACAUAAUGAAUGCUGUAGUCAGUUAUAUAAAGGGCUUAUGA